UCAAACGUUCAUUCGUUUUUUCUGUUGUGUUUGUGCAGUUGCUGCUCAUUUUGUUUCACCAAAAAGAAUCAUGUCUCUUGUGAGAAAAUUAAGCUUGAUGUGUUUAGUUGUUGUUAUUUUAUCGUGCGUAACGGAAGCAAGAAGACGCGACGGUACUCCCAAAUGGGCUGCCCAAUGCCCAUCAACAUGCCUCUGUAAAAGAGGCUUCGCAGGCUGUUCAAGUAAAUACAUUGAUAAGGCAGACAUUGCGCCCAUGUAUAGGAAGCUUGCUAUCAGCUACACGCAUGCCAAGACAGCCAAGACAAUUAUCGAACACGCCCCCAACGUGAAGGAAUUGAAAUUAUCAGACCACAAAAGAACGAUGAUCACUUCCAUCCCAACUAAUUUCUUUGCUCCCCUGGACAGCCUGGUCACCCUGGAUAUACCAACUCUAACCGCACGAAAACUACCAAAGAACUUCUUGGCAGCAGUGAAGAAAAUACCUAACCUCACCAAAUUGAAAAUCGGUAGAAACCGUAUUAACUGCAACUGCGACCUCAUGGACUUCGUGGAAGAACGUGGAAUUGAUUUGUCUGCCGACGGUGUUGUUAGUGGUUGUCUCAAGAAUGAAUUCGACGAGGAUAGUUAUUCGAUUGCCGAAUUAGCUGAUGUUUGCGAGGCACGUAGACCAAAACCCACCAUUAUAUCGGACAUUACCAUAUUACCAUCAAUCGCCCGCGGCAUGGUGAUGAACGAUACUUCCGACCCUUUCUUCGCUCACUCAUCUUAUGACCGUUUGCCCUCGUCAAUGGCUCUCGGCGAUCUUGCCGAACCAGACACGGAAGAAGUAAAUUUCCGGCAAUCCCGCCCAUGCAUGUUGUUUUAAAUGCUAAAAUUCGAAUCGAAAUUAAAAAAAAAAUAAUAAAUGUUGACUAGUUACCAAUAA